AUGGAUUCUGGCAUUACGAUACUGUAUUACGGCUCGAGUAGUGUAUAUUCUGAAAUAGAAGCAGUGAGUUGAGUGUAAGUAAUAUCGAGUGAUCGUAUAAACAUGCGCUAAUAAUACGCGUUUCGCUGUUAAUUUUAUUAAUCCGUAGCGAAAUAAUUGGCUUGAUCCUUAUUUAUAGUUACGUUGACAUAAGUUGGUGAUCAUUUAUUAAAACGCCGUUUUUAUCAAUUCGUAUCGCUUUAUUUACACGAGUGUCUGCACGAAAUUUUUUUUUCUUUCUUUUAUUUUAGUUCGCCGGCCUUGUAUUUUAUCAGAGUAUUCUUAGUAGUUUUAUUUCGACGCUUUGUAAGUAUUUGUAUGGUCAGAGCGUCGCGUCUCAUCGAGGUUGCAUUUGCAUUCAAUAACGCUUCAGAUAAUAAAGUCCAUUGUUUAUUGUAGCAUGCAAAACGCGGUUAGCAUGUGCGUAAAGGUUGUAUUAUAGUUAGAGGAACAUAAAUUGACAAUAUAUGAUUUGAUUUGAACAUUAUAAUUAUUUAUUCACUCUGGUUAAUUCGAUUCGGUUAGCCAAUGAUCGAUUACGCGACUACUUUUUAUCAAGUAAAUCGCGCACAUAAUUAAGUCCGUGGGAACGGAUGUGACUAUACGGUGAAAAAAUUUCGUUCCCACAUUUCUUUUUUACUUUUACCGUAUCAUCUUCCGUGCGAAUUUUCCCGUAACAGGUAUACCUUGGUAUAAUCUAUUUUCUAUAAAAGAAAGAAAAAAAAUAAUUGUAUCAGAAAAAAAAGAAAGAAUAGAAAAAGAAAAAAAUUUUAUUUAAUUCUUAUUUGCUGUUUUAUUUAUUGUAUUUUUUUUAUUUCCAUAAUGUAGACUAAAUAUUAAUCGAUUUUCAUUUUAUGUAAUUAUUUUUUUGUCUAACAUUUAUAUUCUACAUUGUAUAAUAAUAAAAAUUCAUAGGCAUAUUUUAUUUAUAUAUUGCAUUUUAUGCAUUCUAUGCAUUCUAUGCAUUCUUUUCAUAUUUUUAUUUCUUUUCUUUAAUGUUUUAAUUGUUUUAUUGAUUGUCUAAUAUCUUUCAUUAAACAUCUAUGUCUUAAAACAAUGUUUUUAAAAUAAAUUCUUCAAGGAAUAUUUUGUUGAAUUAUUAGGUAGUUUAUAAUGGAAGGAGGUGGAGUACUUACAGCAGAACGCAGUCCUGCACGUGCGAAUUUGCAUGUAGCUUUCAGUGAAAAAGGAGAGGUAAAGGAACGCAGAGAAAAAUUUUUAACUGCCAAGUAUGGAUCUCAUCAGAUGUCUCUUAUUCGUAAAAGACUUGCGGUUGAAAUGUGGCUAUUUGAUGAGCUAGAAAAAUUAUAUGAAUCAGUUAAAUUCAUUAACGAUUUACUCGAAAAAGCUAAAACACUUUGAAGAACUUCCGCGUUCUUCUUAACAUUUACGUGUUUGCAAGGACUUUCUUGAAGCAUUAACAAAUUUGCUCAGAUUUUGGAACGAGUCAAAGAUAUAUUCAAGCCUUAAUGAAUCGCGUACAAACGCGUCUCAAAUGCCAAUUUAUCAAUCGAACACAACGGGGAAAAGAAAAUGAAAAGAACAAAAAGAAAAAAAAAAUCCAUCAAAUGACUCUGCACAUUUUUAUUCUAGCAUAUAUUAUUUCAUAUUGAAAUCGUAAGCAUUAGUGUCUGACUUAUCUCAGUACAACGGCUAACUUUGUUAGUUAUUUAUGUGCGCAUCGCAUAUCAAGUAAUAAACCUCACAGUACACGGAACUGCCUUGCUGUACGAUCCAUCCAGUGUGAUCUAUGGUAGAAAACAUUUGUUCUUCUACACUCUAGUUUUUUAUGCAUUCUAAACUUCAUUGUAGUAAUAUUUAUGUUAUUAAGGAUGAUUAACUAACAAAGAUACUUCCAAAACGUUGUAAUUAUAUCAAAUAAUUUGUAUGCAUAUCCUAUGUUCAUUGAAUUGUCUCGACUGUGGAUACGAUUGGGUUUGAAAUGAUCAAUAUUUCUUAUGUUGUAGCGUAACGAAUUAAUACAAAACUUUUUCUAUUUACUUUAGGAGAUAUUUUAAGAGAGUAGAUAUGCAAAAUUUCGCAUCGAAUGCUUGUACGAAUUUAAAAAAGAAGAAAAAGAAAAAAAAUGGAAUCUGUUUGAUAAUGUAAUAAAAGCGUGUAUGUUUCAGAUGAUAUUAUUACUGGCACAGUAAUAAUUAAAACGUGGAAAUGACACCUAUUGUUGCUCCAGUACCGAUUCAGUAUUGAAAAUUAUUGCGAAACAGAAAUUAAAGUCUGCCGUAAGUUUCUCAUUUUUGAUUCUUUUGAGUAAUUGUUGUUUAAAAUCAUUUAAAGUUCUUGUUAAGUCGUUAAUGAAGAGAGAGAGAGAGAGAGA